AUGGCGUCCGAUCAGGACAACUCCGGCCUCGAUGCGCCCGGCUCACAAUUCCACCGACCAAUCUUGCAAUCCAUGCCCGAUACGCGACAGCAGAGCUUUGACGAGAUCUACGGUCCUCCCGAGAACUUUUUAGAGAUUGAGGUCCGCAACCCAAGAACACAUGGCAUGGGCCGUCACAUGUACACAGACUACGAGAUCCUCUGCCGCACAAACAUUCCCGCCUUCAAGCUCCGUCAGAGCAGCGUCCGUCGUCGAUACUCCGACUUCGAGUACUUCCGCGACAUUCUCGAGCGCGAGAGCGCCCGUGUCACUAUUCCUCCUCUGCCCGGAAAGGUCUUCACCAACCGCUUCAGCGACGAUGUUAUCGAAGGUCGUCGCGCAGGCCUCGAGAAGUUCCUCAAGAUCGUCGUCGGUCAUCCCCUGCUGCAGACAGGGAGCAAGGUCCUGGCUGCCUUUGUCCAGGACCCUAACUGGGAUCGCAACGCCUGGUGA